GUUGAGGUUUUCUCGUAUAACACUUACACAAUCGCAAAGCAGACAAAACCACAAGCAUAUAUACUAUUAUUGUUUUGUUUGGUGAGUCUUGUGGUGACCAUAAGGCCGAUCCAGUUUUUUCAACAAUGUCUCUUUUGAUCUUUGUUUGACUUCCUCGAUCGACUUCUCAAACCUGUAAAGUGAUUUUUUCAGGGUCUUGAAGAUGAGGCGUGAGUUUCCAUGGCUAUGGAAGGUAGAAAGCAGACGGCUUCUAUGGUUAUUGGGACUCACAUUUGCUCUCGUCGUCACUUUUCAAUACAUAGAGCUGCCUUACGCUAUCUCCUCAAUCUUCUCUUCCACCAAGAUUCCAAUUUCAAGAAACUCAACUUCACUUAUAGGUAACUCGACUUCAGCUAUGGCGCCGAGCUUUUCGCAAUCUGAGUCUGAUCCCGUGGGAGAUGAAGAAGAAGUUGAGGUUGAUCAGAUAUUUGAUAGCACUAUUGCCACAGCCCCUGCAGUUUCGCCUACUACCGCUACAUUACGGCCUUUGUUUCCUAGUUUAAAGGAAAACGCAACCGCGCCUGCAGCUAAUGCAGAUGCUCCGGCUGCAUUUUCUGGUUUAAACACUUCUCAGGUAAAGGAUAACGCAACCGCGCCUGCCCCGGCCGCGUCAAAUCAGAUUCCAGUAAAGGAAAAUGCAACAGCACCUGUGGCUAAUGCAGAGGCUCCAGCUGCAUUACCUGAUUUAAACCCGUCUCCGGUAAAGAAAAAUGCAACCGCGCCUGUGGCUGUAUUACCUGUUGUUAACCCUUCUCCGGUAAAGGAAAACAGAACAAUGCCUACCACUAGUCAGGUACCAGAGAGAAGUAUAACUAAAACAUAUGUUGGUGAUGCACCUCCCAUUGUCAGAUUUGUUCCUGAUGUAAAGGAGAACUCGAAAAUGCCUGAUUCCGGGGUGAUGUCGAUAUCCGAGAUGAGCAAGCAGUUGCGCCAAAACCGUGUUUCUCAUUAUCGUCUAGCAAAGAAACCAAAAUGGGUUACUAAACCUGACAUGGAGCUUUUACAAGCAAAAUACGAGAUUGAGAAUGCACCGAUCGACGACAAAGAUCCUCUCCUCUACGCUCCUCUGUAUCGCAAUGUUUCCAUGUUCAAAAAGAGCUAUGAGUUGAUGGAGAAGCUGUUAAAAGUUUAUGCUUACAAAGAAGGAGAUAAACCAAUAAUGCAUAGUCCAAUACUCAGAGGGAUUUAUGCAUCUGAAGGCUGGUUUAUGAAAAUUAUUGAAUCCAACAACAAAUUUGUCACAAAGGACCCUGCAAAAGCUCAUCUUUUCUAUUUACCCUUCAGCUCCCGGAUGCUAGAGGUGACUCUGUAUGUUCAGGACUCCCACAGUCACCGCAAUCUCAUUAAGUAUCUAAAAGACUAUAUAGACUUCAUUUCUGUAAAAUACCCUUUCUGGAAUCGAACUUCCGGUGCGGAUCAUUUUCUUGCCGCCUGCCAUGAUUGGGCUCCAUCAGAGACGCGGAAGCAUAUGGCGAAAAGUAUAAGGGCGUUAUGCAACUCGGAUGUCAAAGAAGGAUUUGUCUUUGGGAAGGACACAUCUUUACCAGAAACAUUCGUUAGAGAUCCGAAAAAACCACUAAGUAACAUGGGUGGAAAAUCUGCGACCAAGAGGCCGAUACUUGCUUUCUUUGCGGGGAAACCCGACCACGGGUAUCUAAGGCCAAUACUCCUCUCCUACUGGGGUAACAACAAAGAUCCUGACUUGAAAAUAUUCGGGAAACUUCCGCGGACUAAAGGAAACAAGAAUUACCUUCAGUUCAUGAAGACGAGCAAGUACUGCAUUUGCGCGAAAGGCUUCGAAGUGAACAGCCCGAGAGUGGUAGAGGCCAUUUUCUAUGAUUGUGUUCCGGUUAUCAUAUCCGACAACUUUGUCCCGCCUUUUUUCGAGGUUUUAAACUGGGAAUCGUUUGCGAUUUUUGUGCCGGAAAAAGAUAUCCCGAAUUUGAAGAAGAUUCUAAUGUCGAUACCGGAACGCCGGUACAAAUCAAUGCAGAUGAGGGUGAAGAAAGUUCAGAAACAUUUUCUGUGGCAUGUGAAGCCUGAGAAGUAUGAUAUGUUCCACAUGAUUCUUCAUUCUAUUUGGUUUAACCGAGUUUUCCAAAUUACUGUUUAGUAGUUUGAUUUAAACGAUUCCAGUGUACAUGUUUUACAGAGAAAUUUUCUGAGGAAACUCAAUUUACAAAAUACAUCAAAAAAGAGAAAAAAAUCAAACGGCCAACUCUUAA